AUUCAACAAAAUGAAGAUUGUGAUUCUUCUUGCCUGGCUUUUGGCCAUCAUUGUUCCUUUUGAGGCCCGCCCUGUAGAAAUUGAAAGCAGUGAACAAUGGCCAUUCCUAUUUUAUCCAUCACAUCCAAACUACCCAAUUCUGAGUGAUCCACCUCAAAACCAACCUUUAAACCUUUACUAUCCAAAGGAGAUAGUUGAUCCUCUAAUAAAGGCUUUAAUAGAACUAGUAAAUUAUAUUCCUGCUGGGUUUCCCAGACUCCCGGGGCCUCCAGGGCCAACAGGGCCUGAGGGGCCUAUGAGUCCUGUGUGGCCCAUGGAUUCUGAGGGUCAUCCUGAUCCCAUAAAUCCUGAAAACUUCCCAUGGCCCAUGAGUCCUGAGAGCACCCCACAACCCAUAAAUCCUGAGAGCAUCCCACAACCCAUAAGUCCUGAGAGCAUCCCACAACCCAUAAGUCCUGAGAGCACCCCACAACCCAUAAGUCCUGAGAGCAUCCCACAACACAUUAGUCCUGAAAGCCCCAUGGAGCCCAUGGAUCCUGAGUACCACCCCCAAGGCAUGUUUCCUCCUGAGGUCCCUGUGUAGAGUGGAAGCAAAAUCCUAUUUUGUUGAUUGAUUUUGUUGAGAUGCUGUUUGCAAGAUACCUAGAAGAGAUUUUUUUGUUUUUGUUUCUGGCACAGCUGAAUGAAUGACCCUGAAUUAGACUGACUUUUUAAGCUUUGCAAUGGUUCCUUCAAAUAAAUUUGACCAGCUUUA